AUACUGAACAAAGUCUCGAGUUUGACACUAGCUUCGAAGAGUCUGUGUUGGUUGGGUUUUAAAGAUAGAAAUUAAAAUUAAUAUUUGUAGUGCUAUUUUGACAUUAUGUCGUUCAGUGGCUGCAUGGGCGAUGUAAAGUAUAUCAACAAAAAGGUACCAAAAAGCGCCAAGUAUCAACAUGUCAAAUCCAAGCUGGAUACAGGGUCCAGCCUCACGAAGUACAUGGAAAGGCUCGAAGAGAUCCAUAAAUAUGGGUAUCGAAAGGGUGAAAUCUUCAGGCAGCUAAAGGUGACAACGUUUGCCAAGAUGCUUUGUUGCAGUUUUUCCAUCAUUUUUCAACACCAGGUCCUUCAGGUGGCAUCUAUAUCAGAUCUGCAUGCAGUGCUGGAUUAUGGAGAAUCACAUGAUGCAGGAGACAGUCAGUCAGUGAUGCAGGAUGCUGGCAUGGACAGCCUUUGUGAACAGACUCACAUCUCCCUGCAGACAUCACCCAUCCCAGAUGGUCAUGAAUUGGGAGAGCCAUGUGACAUUGUCCACACCUCCACAGCCACCCUGCCAAGCCCUGAGCAUUUUGACAGUCCGUAUCCUGAGUGCCCUUACCUGCUGCUGGACGUGCGAGACUGUGACCAGUACGAUCAGUGCCACAUCAUCGGGGCACACAGUUUCCCUGUGGCAAUGCUCAAUCGGACAAUGAAUCCCUACACAAAAGAACUACUGGAAUAUAAAAAUGCAGCAGGAAAGAUCAUCAUAGUGUACGAUGAAGAUGAGAAGAUAGCGAACCGAGCAGCUACCAUCCUGUGUGAACGAACGUUUGACAAUGUCUUUUUGCUGAGUGGAGGACUCUCAGAAAUUGCUCAGAAAUUUCCAGGAAGUAUGACAACGGGUACAAUUCCAUCAUCAUGCCUGCCAACUCCACCGUCGUCAGGGUCAAAGAAGCGUACUGCACCACUGCAAACAUCUGUGGCUGCGGAGAAAAGGUGGAGGUUUACGUCAGAUGAGCUGGCCAAGAUUCAGCAGCAACUGGAGAUGCUCAUCCCCACCAACACCAGCGGCCGGAUGUCGAGUCGCAUGUCAACCAUCAGCACCCAGUCUAAAGUAUCCAGUGCACGAAUUCGACAAACUAAUCCAUCUGCAAGAAGCGACAUGACUGGCACCCAGAGCAGGAGACCUUGGAAAUAACCUCAGUUAAAAACAAUGUUUUAAGGUUGUGUGUCCCUGAUUGUUGAAUUGUAGCUCUCGUUCUAACAUGACAGUACAAUCUGUGACAGUGCUGCUGGAAAACUGGGGCAUGCACAUGAAAUUGUGACAGAAACUUCAGUGAGUGUUACAUGGAGUCUGUUAAAAAGAACAACAGACUAUUUUUUUUUUCUUUUUCAAAUAUUGUUAAAAACACAAAAAUGAUCAUGAUUGUUGUCUGCUCACCUCAAACUGAAAUGAUUCACGUUUUGUUUGAAACACAUUCUUUAGUUAACAUGGGAGAAGUGGAGAUUAGUGCUGUUGCAUGAAGCUGUUCAAACACAGGCCGAGUGUGCACGUCAUUUCCACGUCUGUGCACAGGCUCCCUGCCGGCCACUGUCCCAAGACGUGCAGGUUGGGCUGAGUGGUCAGCACAACUUGGGAAAGCUUGGUUAAACUCUUGAUGUUUUGAACAUGUUCAGACUUUUCGGGAGCUCACUUGGAGUCCCAGUCACCUCAUGCUUGGCUCCAGUCUGUCCUGUGCUGGUUCAAGGCACCUCGGCAUCCCGUCACGCUGAGCAUAUAAGACUUCAAGUUGUGCCAGAGUGUCUCAGGAGGACUCUGUAGACUGAGAAAAUCAGCCCCGAAGUGCACCGAGCUGUACUUCAGCCUGUUGCAGUCCAAAACGAGCAGGUGUGAGAGCUGCCUAAGAGAUUGUCCUCACAGGAAUGAACACAUUGCAGAAUACUUUUUGUCUUCCGCGUUUGUGAAUUUCUCAUGAUUUCUGUGGCAUGUUCAGUGGUAAAUGCCUCAGCCAGAGAGAGAUGCUGGAUUCGUGCUGUAGUUUCUGAUGUAAUGUGAUCUUCCCGUUGAGUGUGGCUGCUCGUCUGGAACAUGGUGCACAGGCUGUCUGGAUGAUGGAACUGUCUUUAGCCCUGUUGUCUGUCCAGGCUGGGCGCUGCUUUUUAUUCAGUGUAUGAUGUGAAUCCCACUCCAAAACAAAAAACUGAGAAUGCUACUGUAUGAGGUCACAAAGGAAGGGGGGGAAUACACAUGUAAAUAUUUCUCAUUCCAAUUUUUACAAAAAAAGGUGUGGGGCACCCCUCCCAUUCCUGAUUUCUCUAAUUUUUUUUUUAUUUUAUUUUUUUAUGUAAACUGUGUCAGAUGUUCAAACAAAGUUUAGCGGAUGCACUUUAGGGACUGAAAUCAGGAAAGAAGUCAGUUUUGUUUUUACUGUGAUGUUAUUUCUGCCACCAGCAUUUUGUUUUUAAUUACAAUUUUUAAAUUCAAUCAAGCUAUUGAUAUGGAAUAUUACCGAACUUUGAAUAGAAAAUGUGCUGUAGCUUGACAAAUGGAGCAGACUAAUUUACACUUCUGCAGUGUCACGAUAUGAAGUAUUUCUUUCUGACCUGUGAGCAGACUGUACGUACCUUUUGCACUGUAGGUUUUCUAGUAAAUCUCACAAUUGUAUUAA